AUGAUCAUGUCGAGCGUUCGAAGAAUGGCUGCACUCGACUCGGCUCAAACCUCGACACGACAGCAGAACAACAGACAAGAAUCCAACCAAAUCGAGAUGUCGCGUGGAGAGAUGCUGAGACCGAGAGAGUUACACGCAGAACACUGUGCCAGAGCCAGCCAGACCUCGGACCGCGACGCGCACAGUGAAAUUGCGGGAAAAUGGGACGUCGCUGUGUCGUGUUUCGCACGAGAGAUGAAUCAUCGUGCAAGAAGCAACAGUGAUUGA